UUAAUUUAUCUCUCUUCUUUUUUCUCUUCCUGCAGAGAAGCGAUGAGGAAUUACCUGAAGGAGCGAGGAGACCAAACUGUCAUGAUCCUACACGCAAAAGUUGCACAGAAAUCCUAUGGCAAUGAGAAAAGGUUCUUCUGCCCUCCUCCCUGUGUGUACCUGAUGGGCAGCGGCUGGAAGAAAAAGAAGGACCAGAUGGAGCGAGACGGCUGCUCCGACCAGGAGUCGCAGCCUUGUGCCUUCAUCGGCAUCGGCAACAGCGACCAAGAAAUGCAACAGCUCAACUUAGAGGGAAAGAAUUAUUGCACAGCCAAAACCUUGUACAUAUCCGACUCUGACAAGAGAAAGCACUUCAUGUUGUCUGUCAAGAUGUUCUACGGCAACAGCGCGGACAUCGGCGUCUUCCUCAGCAAGAGGAUCAAAGUCAUCUCCAAGCCCUCCAAAAAGAAGCAAUCCCUCAAAAAUGCUGACUUGUGCAUUGCAUCGGGGACCAAGGUGGCACUGUUCAACCGACUGCGCUCCCAAACAGUCAGCACGCGGUAUCUACACGUGGAGGGUGGCAACUUUCACGCCAGCUCCCAACAGUGGGGCGCUUUCUACAUCCACCUGUUGGACGAUGAGGAGUCAGAAGGAGAGGAGUUCACUGUGAGAGACGGUUAUAUCCACUACGGCCAGACGGUCAAGCUGGUCUGCUCCGUCACCGGCAUGGCCCUGCCCAGACUGAUCAUCCGGAAGGUGGACAAGCAGACGGCGCUGCUGGACGCCGAUGACCCCGUCUCCCAGCUCCACAAGUGUGCCUUCUACCUGAAGGACACAGAGCGCAUGUACCUGUGCCUUUCCCAAGAAAGGAUCAUCCAGUUUCAAGCCACUCCAUGCCCAAAGGAACCAAACAAGGAGAUGAUCAACGACGGCGCCUCCUGGACAAUCAUCAGCACAGACAAGGCCGAAUACACCUUCUACGAGGGCAUGGGCCCCGUCCACUCGCCUGUCACCCCGGUGCCUGUGGUGGAGAGCUUACAGCUAAACGGCGGCGGGGAUGUCGCCAUGCUGGAGCUGACGGGACAGAACUUCACUCCAAAUCUGCGGGUCUGGUUCGGAGAAGUUGAGGCUGAGACCAUGUACAGGUGUGCCGAGAGCAUGCUGUGCGUGGUGCCCGACAUCUCCGCCUUCCGCGAGGGCUGGCGCUGGGUGCGGCAGCCCGUCCAGGUGCCCGUCACGUUGGUGAGGAACGACGGCAUCAUCUACUCCACCACACUGACCUUCACCUACACGCCGGAGCCGGGACCGAGGCCACACUGCAGCGCCGCCGGCGCCAUCCUGCGGGCCAGCAACUCGGGCCUGCUCAGCAACAGCAGCCAGGAGGCCGGCUCCAGCGUCUACGGCUCCAACAGCACUUCCAACGCAGGAGUCACGUCUUCUUCCUCCACCGCCGCAGCCGUGGUCUCCUAACGCACACAUGGGGGGGGGCACUCAUACAUGCCUUGAGAGCAAAUAUACCCUGAGGUAUAUGAAGACUAUAGGAAAUAAACAAAACUGACUCACUCUAAAAGUGCUGCGUUCAUUUUGGAUACAAAGAAGCUGCAAAGGAAAACAAAACAAAAGAAUCGGUGGGACAGAGGAGCCCUACGCAUGGGGAAAUCUGAAGGAGUGACAUCACAACGUUGUCAGCUGAUGGGAAUAAACAUAUAUAAAGUGCUCCUUGACACGCCUCCCCACCCCAGCCCCCCCACUCUCUUCUCCUGUGGUUACUUUAGGGACCUGCCUGUGCAGUUCUGGUGUUGGGAAUGAGUGAAUUCCUGCAGGCUCAGAGCACCAGCACCUUUCUACAGCUGUGAGGACGGAAACCACAACAACAGUACAUCCACCGUGUGCAUCCCACCUCCCCUUUAUCCUCCCCGCUCCGUUUUUAUUUUUUUGUAAUUAUUCCUUUUUGUUUCUCACAUUCACGUCUGAAACCCUUACCGGGGGUGAGGGCGGGGGUGGUUUGGAUGUGUUGUUGUUGGAGGGAGUGCAAGGAUGCAGAGGGACACACAUAAAACGUGACGAUAACAUAGUUUUUAUGGACCAAGGAUCUUGUAUAAGCUUUAGUAAAGGUACAUUUUUCUCCAUACCUUUUUUGUAUUAAACAUAUAGUACACUUUUGUUACCAAAUAGUUUCUAUUCUUCCUCUGAGCUUGGGCUUUGUUUUUAUUUUUUUUUAUUUUUUCUCCCCUUCGAGGUCCAAAAUCCCAACCUGUAUGUUAUUGUGACCUUACUUCAAAUGCCUUUUUUUGGGUUUCAUUUUGAUAUACUUGCUUCUUCUUUUUGGGGAAAAGUCUGAAGUCUUGGGUUGUUUUUUUUUUUUGUUUGUUUUUUAGAUUUUACAUAAGCAAAGAUCUUUUUGUUUGUUUGUUUUGUUCUGUUUUUUUGCUUUUGAAAGGGGACAAACCUCAGAGGGCCUAUUUUUAUCAUUGGUUUUUAAUGAAGUCUUUAAGAAGAAAAAAAAAAAAAAAGAAAAGCUUUAAGCAACGCCUCUGCCUUGCCUGCAAUACUCUGUGUGCGCUGUGUCUCCUGGAAAGUAUACACAUCAGUACAUGUCACACGGAGCCAUAGCAACAUCUGCAGAACACGAAAGCGGUCUUCUGCGAGAGCAAAUCCGUCUGCCGCUUUCAAACUAAUGUACCGAGCGUAGUCUUCGACUUCAAAGGAUAGCCUUAGUACUGUAUAUUCUUACUGUGUACACAGGUAAGCCAGUCACAUAUCUGAUAAUAUCCUUUAUCUGUCACUGCUAACGUAUCCAAUAAUGUAGUGUCUCGAAACUUGCACCUAGCAAAGGUGUCUUCCAGUCCGUGCUGUAGUUCUGGUGGCAUUUAUCUCCAAAAAAAGAAAAAGGAAAAAACAAAAAACAACAGAGGGGGAAAAAAGACACUUUUCAAUUUGAUGUGGCCUUACUGAAAACUUCAAAUAGAAGAAGAAAAACAC